CAAACCUAAUGUUUGCAACAAAAGGUAGUCCAAAAAAGCAACCUUUUCCUAGCGAUUAGCUCCAUCUGCUGGACCUCCACAUCAGGUAGAGAGAGAUACUUACGGCGAUAACAGAUCCAACAAAAAAUUCGAAACCAAAGAAAGAAAAAAAGAAAAAAGAAAAAAUGAACGGAACAACACUUUCAAUUCCAACACCACAACGACACCACGCUUCGCACUCCAUCACGCGAACCACGUUCCGCACAUUUGCCCCAACCCAAACCCUCUCCUUCCGCAACCGCACUCGCAGUUUCCGAAUCCGAUGCUUCUCCGGGAGCGCGCCGCCGCCGCCGGUGGUGGUGGUGGGCUCCGCGAACGCCGACAUCUACGUGGAGAGCGAGCGGCUGCCGCGCGAGGGGGAGACGCUGGCGGCGAGGUCCGGCGAGACGCUGGCCGGCGGCAAGGGCGCCAACCAGGCCACGUGCGCCGCCAAGCUCGCCUACCCGACCUACUUCGUCGGGCAGAUCGGCGACGACGCCUACGGGAGCCUCGUGGCCGGCGCGCUCCGCGGCGCCGGCGUCCGGCUGGACAACCUGACGGUGGCGGCGUCGGCGCCGACGGGGCACGCGGUGGUGAUGCUCCAGUCCGACGGGCAGAACUCCAUCAUCUACAUUGGGGGCGCCAACGUCAGCGGCGGCCCCUGGCCCAGUGCCUUGCCACGUCAGCAUUUGGACCUCGUGGCCCGAGCUGGCAUCGUUCUGCUGCAGAGGGAGAUUCCCGAUCCUGUCAUCGCUCAAGUCGCACAGGCUGCAAGCAAAGCUGGUGUGCCAGUGGUGUUGGAUGCUGGGGGCAUGGAAGGGCCAUUUCCGCCACAAUUGUUGAACUUUGUUGAUAUUUUGAGUCCUAAUGAAACUGAACUUGCUCGCAUUACGGGAAUGCCAACGGAAAGUUUUGAAGAGAUUGCACAGGCUGCUUUGAAAUGCCAUGAAUUGGGAGUUAAGCAAGUUCUUGUGAAACUUGGGGAGAAAGGAUCUGUCCUUUUUGUAGAAGGAGAAAAACCGAUUCAGCAGCCUGCCAUACUUGCUAAAAAUGUCGUUGAUACAACUGGUGCUGGUGAUACUUUUACUGCUGCUUUUGCUGUGGCCUUGGUUGAGGGCAAGUCCAAAAAGGAUUGCCUUAGAUUUGCCGCUGCUGCAGCUUGUCUUUGUGUUCAAGUCAAGGGGGCGUCUCCCAGCAUGCCUGAUAGAAAAUCUGUUUUGGAUCUUCUUAAUAGUCAAUGAGAAUAAUCACCAAAGAUUCGGACUAUCAGGAACAGAAUAACUGUGAAUGGCAGAGGGAAAGACCCUUGAAAAUGGCAACAAGGAAAGAAAAAUUCCUUUCAGAGAGCAUUUCUGCAAGACGGAUUCUUCAGCGCAAUAGUUUGUUGUCAUUGUAAUAAGAAUAGGCCAAACACUUGCCCACUCUUAAAUGAAGAGAAAUGAAAAAAUGUUUUACAUGA